AUGAAGAUAUCGCACUUGUUGAACCCAUUCUGCGGUGGCCCGGACGACUUCCGCAGUUCAAAAUCGCCCACGCCAGCCUGCUAUCCGGUAACAACAAUUGAAGUGCCUAGGCGACAGAAGAUUCCGAAAGACGCUCCGAUCUUCUCAGAAGGCAAUAGGACCGUCGACAACGUCAACUUCCCACCCUACGAAGCCGGUGAUGACCAGGAGCUUUUACAACAGCAUCGCCGAUUUCAAAUCUACCCUCUUGGAGAGAUCUUCAGGAAGGGUGUACGGCACAUCCCAUACAAUAGCGACAAAAAGGCUUUCCACGAGAAAACUGGGCGCGAGGCGUUCGAGAUGUUUCAGUAUACGUACAAAAGACCCAAUGAAGACAAGGAGUACGUCGUGGUCUGGGACUACAACGUCGGUCUCGUCCGUAUGACACCCUUCUUCAAAUCGUUGAAGUACUCCAAGACGGUACCGGCGAAAGCGCUGAGAGAAAACCCCGGUUUGAAAGACAUUAGCUACAGUAUCACCGGCGGUGCUCUGGUGUGUCAAGGUUAUUGGAUUCCCUAUCACGCCGCCAGAGCUGUAGCUGCGACCUUCUGCUACGACAUCCGAUGGGCACUCACCCCUGUAUUCGGGAACGACUUCCCUUCCAUAUGUCUGCACCCAAGCGAUGCAUGCUUCGCGAAGUUCCUCAUCGAUCCAGCCACUGUCCGGUUUUGCGCACAGGAGACAGUUCGUUUCAAAGAGCUUGGUCCUGCAUACACAUUGUGCAAAUUCGAUGCCUCAUCGCUGCCCGAGACACACAAGACGCACUGUGGGCGUUCCUCGAUGAAUGAGCAAGUUGCAAGGCAUCGGCGCGUGCGACCGUCCGAUAUUGAGAGCGGAUAUGGGACGGACACUGAUCGGACUGGCAAGUAUCUUUGUUCGCCCGAAGUAUCUCCUCGAACCCAGUUCACGCCGAUCAACCGGUCCCAAUCCCCAUACUCGCCGCGCACAGCCGUCUCUUCGCUCGCGGGCUCUCCCAUUAGCCUGAACGCGCCUCCAGGUCUGCUCACCCCAACCUCGGCUCCUUGUGAGUACCAGGGUGGAUUCUAUCGAACGAAACGUACGCAUUCGAACGUCGCUUCUUACGAUGACUGCGGUGACGAAGCCCUCAUCCGCCUCGAAACAACGGCAACUGUCGACAGCGCACAUGGCUCCGAAGUGGACAUGUCCGGCGGCGAUGACAAUCAUACACACGGAGAUCUUGAAGCGGCGGCGAUGUUGUUGUCGCUAUCAGGAACAGGGACGACGAUGCCACCGACAAAGCGAACGCGUCGUGGUUCGUGGAUUUAG